AUGGGGCGGCUCUUCAAUCAGAGGGCGCGACACCAACAAAGCGAAGGGCGGGGCUUCGCUAGGGGCCACGUAGAACAAAAUGUUUCCCGUUAUUUAAGAUCUGACACAUCUGCAAUUUCACCGUUGGGUGUUGCCCCAUCUAACGGAUUCUGUCCUUGUUCGUUCAGAGGCAGGAAACGGCUAGCCAGGAACAGGAAGCCCUUCAGCUCUUCGUCUUGGAACGGCCCCACGGCGGGCCCCCGUGCGGACAACGCUCACAAGAAACGUUUCUCCAGCACCCCACAUACAGGCAAGGCCAGAGGGAAAGGUAAAGCAGAGGAGAUCUUGGAAAACUCAGAGAACCUCUACGACGAGCCCUCGGCGGAUCUCUCCGAGAUCGACGCCCGUCUGCAGGCGCUGCAGGAGUACAUGAAUAAGCUGGAAACGCAGACGUAGCCCGAGCGGGGGAGCUGAGCCUUGGCCCAGCUCGAUCCGGUCCAAACGUCGAUGAUGUCCUUUUCCUCCACUCUCGCUACCCUGGUUGUGGGUCUUCCUCCUACGGCUACGUCCUUAAGGGGUGGGGAGGGCUGGGGUGGGGAGGGGGAAUGGGAGACGGCUGUCCUGCCAAACCUCAGCUGUGGAAAGCCUUCCUAAGAACGAUUUCAUUAAAGGUUUCUAAG